ACACACACACACACACACACACCAUGCACACCACUCACCCUCUCCCAUGCUGCUGAAGUAUUCUGAAGACUCACUUUUCUUCAGCUGCGGCAUAGGGUCGUUCCCAGAGUGCUGAGAGGGCGGGGUCUGGGGAGACUCCAAGUCAGAAAGCGUCCAAGAAUCGCCCUGAAUUGGUCUUGAGAACCUGUGGCACUUUCUCCCGUCGACUGCGCUGCAUCCUUCUUUAGCUGAGUCAGCAAAACAGUGAAUUACCCCGGGGCCUUCCGCGCGCGUGAUUGGAUCUCCGCUCACGCAGACUGGACCGCGCGCGCUGGAAGUGAUCCACUGGCGCGCACACAUAUCACCUAUUUGGGCGUUCGUUGUGACUGACACAGACAAGCAAGAGAAGGAGCUAGUUUGACUGCCGCUGACCAUGAAUCCGCCGUGUGCUCGCUGCAAGAAGAUCGUCUAUCCGGUCGAGAAGUUGACCUGCCUGGACAAGACCUGGCACAAGCCUUGUUUCACUUGCGAAGUGUGCAAACUGAAGCUGACAAUGAAGACGUACAAAGGCUACAACAAGCUCCCUUACUGCAACACGCACUACCCAACCACCAAAUUCACGUCAGUCUCAGACACUCCCGAGAACCUGAGACUGAAGAAACAGACUGAGCAGCAGUCAGACAUCACGUACAGGAAGGACAGGGAAGAGACACUCAAGAAGUUCACUCCGGUGGAGUCGCUGGCCAGCUCCCAGUCUCGGCAGAGGCAGCAGCUGGCCAGCAACAUUGGCUACCACACAGCCCCGCACGAGCAGGAGCGUGUCGGGGGCUACGAACCUCCACCUCAACAAGCUAGCUACCAUCCCCCUCCUCAAGCUAGCUACCACCCCCCUCCUCAAGCUGCUCCCCAGUUCCCCCCUCCGAUGCAGCAUAAGGCCCCGGCCCCGCCUCCUCCCACCUCUGGCCCCAGAUAUGUAGCCAUCUAUGACUACACUGCUGCUGAUGAUGACGAAGUCUCGUUCAUGGAAGGGGAUGUCAUGAUUGAGGUCCAGGUCAUUGACGACGGGUGGAUGGAGGCCCGAGUUCAGCGCACUGGCCAGUUUGGGAUGCUGCCCUCCAACUACGUCGAGAAGCAGUAA